GGGAAGAAGAAAAAAAGGCCGCGAGAGAAUGGAGGACGGGCGGAGCGUGCUGGAGACGGGGCGGGCGGAGCGGUCGGUGUGGCUGAUGAAGUGCCCGCCGCUGGUGUCGCGGUCGUGGAAGUCCGCCGCCGCCUCCGCCGACCCCUCCAACCCCAACCCCGCCGUCGGUAAGGUCGUCCUAUCCCUCGACCCCCUUCGCCCCGACGAUCCCUCCUCCCUACAGUUUAAGAUGGAAAUGUCACAAACUGAUUCUGCCAAUACACCCAAGAGUUACACCCUGAAUAUGUUCAAAGACUUUGUCCCAAUGUGUGUUGUUUCUGAAUCUAACCAAGGAAAAUUUUCACUGGAGGGGAAGGUGGAACAUAAAUUUGACAUGGAGCUUCACAGUGAGAAUUUUAGUGACUAUGGUAAAUUAUGUCGUGAAAGGACUAACAAAGCUAUGAUCAAAACUAGACAAGUGCAGGUAAUUGACAAAGAUCAUGGAGUGCUUAUGAGGCCUAUGCCCGGUAUGGUUGCUCUGGUUCCAUCGGGUUCAAAGGACAAGAAGAAACUAACACCAACAAAAGGAUCGGAUGCAAAACGAACACGUAGGGACCGUCGUGAAUUGGAGAAUAUUAUCUUUAAGCUCUUUGAAAGGCAACAAAAUUGGGCACUGAAGCAACUGGUCCAAGAGACUGAUCAACCUGAGCAAUUCCUGAAAGAGAUACUAAAUGAUCUUUGCGUCUAUAAUAAGAGAGGACCAAAUCAAGGAACCCAUGAACUGAAGCCAGAAUACAAGAAAUCCACAGAAGAACUGGACAAUAUGUGAAGUUCCAUUGCUGCUUCCAGCAAAUUUCUUCUCCUGAUGGCUCUAAAUUUAUAACUCUUUUAUUGGAGGAGCAUAUAGACAUACUUUGGGCUUGUUGAUGUAUUGGGUCCAUUUCCCAAGUCACUGUUGAUCAAUAUUCAUUCAUUGUGACAUUAAAACAGGAUACCACUUUUUAAUCAGGCAUUGCUGGAUGAUUUCCUACCA